GCUGCGGCCAUAAACCACCACGGUAUGUGUCAGACCACUAAUGACCUGUGCUCCUGCUUAUUUCCACACUGCUCCUGGGAGUGGGAAUUGUGCAGCAAUGGCCUGAGGUCACUCCUUACAGUAAAGCAGUCUGGGUAAAGGGGAGUGUAACUCUCAUCAUACACCAAAUACUCCAAAAGGAUCAGUAAGUGGCAGCCCUGGUGACAGUGAGGAGCAGCAGUGUCUCCAGGAACUUUAGGACCUUGUACCCAUGACUUCCCAGGUCACCCUCUAUGCGGUGACAUCACUGAUGAUCUGACAGGACAAGGUGCACAAGGCAGGAUAUAAGGGACGCCGCAGCCGCCACUUGUCAGACUUUCUCUGUACGUGACAGACCGCGACUCCUGACAAGAUGGCCGAUCGAUCGGAGGAAAUUAUCCUGACAAAGAUGGACUACGCCAUGAAGUCACUGAGUCUUCUCUCUCCCAAGUCUCUCUCCAAGUGCGUCUCCGUCAGCGCCACAAUGACUCAACAGUUCCUUUCCCGGCCGGUGUCCAAACCACGACCCUUCAGAGUUUGCAACUGUGACCGAACCAUCCGAAAGGGCAUCGUGGCUGACAGUCUGGAAGAUCUGCUUAACAAGACCCAGGAUGCCCUGCUCUUGGAUGACGCCAUGACACUGGUUCUGGAUGAAGAUGGCACCGGUGUGGACACUGAAGACUUUUUCCAGUCUCUGGACAGCGGAUCGGUAUUCGUGGCUCUUGUGAAAGGACAAACAUGGAAACCAUCUCAUAAUUCUGGCUACCAUAUUUCGCUGACCAACAAGCCUCAGCGGAAGAUCGACGUGGCGCGUAUCAGCUUCGACCUGUAUAAGAAUAAUCCCCAGGAUUUCAUUGGGUGUCUGAAUGUCAAGGCCACCCUGUACGGGAACUACACCGUGUCCUAUGACCUUCAGUGCUACAGCGCCAAAUGGAUCAUGAAGGAGGCGCUACGCUGGACGCUGUUUACUAUGCAGACCACCGGGCACGUGCUUCUGGGCACCUCGUGUUAUAUGCAGCAGCUUCUGGAGCCCAACAAUAAGACUCUACCCCAAGAGGAAAAACCAUCAGCGGCUCUCAGAGACUUCAUCCCCUUCUACCCGCGCAGGAUGCUCCUGUAGAAGACCAGUUCUAGCCUGGGGCGUCCCCCUCCCUGCCUUCACUCCAUGUAAGGCCCCUUUCAUACGAGCGAGUUUUCCCGCAAUGCGUGACGUGAACGCAUAAUACCCGCACUGAAUCCUGACCCAUUCAUUUCAAUGGGUCUGUGUACAUGAGCGUU